GGCGGCGGGUGCUGAGGUCGGUUGCUCGCUCGCGGCUCCAGGCUCCGGGUUGCGGGCGGCUCGUGCCCUGUUCUCGCGGCGCCUGUUGAACCGGAGCGCGAGGCCGCUGCCGCCGCCGACGACAUGUUGGCCUGCGUGCGCUUCCUGCAGAGCCAAGUGCACCACAUCGUGCCCGUGUCCCAGAUCAGAAAUUUCCAGCCAGCCUCCAAGAGCGACUUCAACAAGAAGCAAGUUUACCGGCUGACGCUGCCGGCGACCUGUCCGGGCACCGGGGCGGGAGAGCCGGAGAUCGGCGCCGUGGCUAAAGGGGGUCACUGCCGCAAGGCCCAGAUCCUGGCUCUGGGAGACAGCAGACAAGAACUGGAAAAAUUUUUGAAAUUGAAAAAGUGCAAAAUGCCAAAAGUAAUUGAUAGUUUCAUUGAACUGUCUGAAUCAGAAGAUGGUGGCAGUGCUGAAGAUGAACCACAUCAAUUCAACAACAUUCAGGAGCAAGAUAUCUCCUGCUUUGAAGAUAGCAGUGACGAUGAUGAUGACCAAACGUUGAAGAUUUUUGAUGAACUGAAACACAAAUAUUCCCGGGCCAAGGCUAACAAUAAGAAGUUAAUUUUGGAGCUUAAAAGAGUUACAACAAAACUUCGGUUUGUUGAAGAAAAGCAAAAAGAUUACGAACAUAUGGCUUCUGAGCUACAAAGGCUGAGGGACCUCAAUAUGGAUCUUCAAAAUGCGUUGCUUUUGAAGUUGUUUAGACUACCAGAACAGUACCAUGGUUCCAAUCCCGAAGAGGAGUUAAUUGAAAACACAUCUGCCCAUCAGCUAAUUUCCAGUCCUCCAGUGACUUCAAUUCUGCAAGACCAUUUAAACAUGCAACAAAGAAUUUAUCCCUGCAAGAAAAGUCCUCACCCUCUCCUUCCAGCUCCAAGUACUAGUGACCACCUGGAGAGUCAGACUGAAAAUGGAAACAGCAUGGUGUCAUGUCCAUGGGCUGCAACACAAGCCAUUGCUAUGGCCCAGCCCAGUGUUUACUCCGUUCAGGAUGGAAAGGUUCACAUAGGAGCUAAUAUAUGGAUUGAUGAGGACAAGUGGGAAACAGUGAAACGUCAGCCAAGUGAUUCAAGAUUUACGAAGUGUUUGGCCGUAGCUGUGUGGGGAGUGGAUACCCUGAAGGACAGAAGUGUCACUGGAAUUGCAUGCAAUUCAACAAAAUCAUCCCCUAAACCACCUCUUUCUCCCUACAAAGUGCAGAUUAUUAAAGAGCAAUUGCUGAACAGAAUACGACAAGAUGCCAAAGAUGACAAUGAGAUCCAUAAGCGAUUAAAUAAAGUCAAUCGAUAUAUUGGGGAAAAAAUAAUGGACAUUAAUAAACAGUGGAGAAAAGCUAAGGCAGAGAUAUCAAAGUUUAGAAACUGUGAAUGUGAGAUAGGUUUAAAAUGUGAUAUUCAUGCACAUUGUGAGAGAUCUGAAGUACCCAUCAAGGAAGAAAUUGAAACCUUUAUCUAUGAAUAAUCUAGUGAGAUUUACUGUUUUGCAUGGUCAGUCAGAAAGUUCUCUUCAUCGAAAUUGUUAUUAAUAAUGUACAACUAUUAUUUGACUACAGUGAAAUCUGUUUGUAUUCAUUUGUUUACCAUAGAAUUGCAGAGAACUAUUUUCUAUUAAUUUCUGUGUUACUGACCAUUUUUAUAACAUCAUUGAAACUGUACAGAUAAUUAUGAUUUGUAGAAUUCUCCAAAAGCAAACCAUUUGGCCCAUUGCACAUCCACAGUGUCUCGGUCUUUGCUCCUUAAUUUUCCUCCCCUUCUCCCUUAUCAAGGCUUUUAUAGAUUAUGCAUUCAUGACUUUCUCCAUUGAACAGCCUUCUGAGUUUGAUCAUUAGUUUUCAUUGUUAUUUUGCUAUUUUUAAAUUUAAUUUAUGCCCUCCAUUUAUGAAGUCAUACAUCAAUGAAUAUAGUUACUUUAUUAUUUCAUAGUCCUUUAUCAUUUUUUGCCAUAUUUGUACUUGAUCAGAUCUCUUUAGUUUGGCUGUGAAAGGAGUGUGAAUACCUGUAAUUCGUCCUCUUAACCAAACUUUCCCAUUGGUGUGCUGAUUUUCUUUGUAUUCUCUCCAUUAUAAUGUGAGGAAACAGUGUAAAACUUAAAUUGUGGCUUAUUCAUGAAUGUUCAGAUUUGCUUUAUAAGCUAGAUGCUGGAAAUCUUGAGGAACUCAGCAAGUCAGGCAGCAUCUAUGGAAGGGAAUACAGUCAUGUUUUGGGCUGAUUUCCUUCGUGACUGGAAAGGAAGGGAGAAGAAACUGGAAUAAGUAGAUGGGGAGAGGGAGAAGCUGGCAGGUGAUCAGUGGAAGAGGUAAAAGGGUGAAAGGGGAGCCAAAAUGGGAAUGGAAAAAGGGUGAGCAUGGCCAGAGGGAUGGUGGUGGGGAGAAGAAAUUACUGGAAGUUAGAAAAUCCAUGUUCAUGCUAUCAGGUUGGACACUACCCAGAUGUAAUAAAAGUUGUUGUUCCUCCACUGAGUGUAAUUAAGCUCUGUUUCGGUGGGGAUUACAGUGCCCAGUACUUCAUUAGCAAUUAAUAUUCACAUCAUACAUCUGAGCAAGUAUCUACUCUGACCAAGUCUUGUUGCAUGUAGGCUGGGGUAGCUUACCCAGUGAAUUGCAAACUGAAAUUUAGAAAGUGCAAUUAUCUGUGUAGUACACCUCUGAUGUAGUAGAAGGAAGUUCAUUUAAGCAGUAGUUGUGCUUAGAUUAAUGACUGGAUUACAAACUUAUUCUUUUGUUGUAUAUGACUCUAGCCUCUGGAAGAUUCAUCCUCAAUUCUUUAUUAAAUUCAUUAUUCCCAGGACCUCUUGUAUUAUAUGUAAAACCAUAAAACAUAGGACCAAAAUUCGGCCUGUCGCGUCUGCUCCGCCAUUGAAUCAUGGCUGAUCCUUUUUUCCAUCUCCUCAGCCCCACUACCUGUACUCCCUGAAGCCAUGUCCAAUCAAGAACCUAGCAAGCUCUGCCUUAAAUAUGCCCAACAACCUGGCCUCCUAUUACAGCUGCCUGUGAUAAUAAAUUCCACAAAUUUACCACCCUCUGGCUAAAGAAAUUUCUCUGCAUCUACACAUCUACUCUGUCUAGGCCUUUCAACAUUUGAAAGGUUUCAGUAAGAUCCCCUCUAUUCUUCUCAAUUCCAGCAAGUACAGACCCAGAGCUAUCAAACGUUCAUUGUAUGAUCCUUUCAUUGCCAGAAUCAUCCUUGUGAACCUCCUCUGAACCCUCUCCAAUGCCAGCACAUCUUUUAUUAGUUGAGGAGCCCAAAGCUGUUCACAAUACUCAAGGUGAGGUCUCACCUGUGCCUUAUAAAGCCUCAGAAUCGGAUCCCUACUCUUGUAUUCUAGACCUCUUGAAAUGAAUGCUAACAUCACAUUUGCCUUCCUCACCACUGACUCUACCUGCAAGUAAACUUUUAGGUAGUUCUGCACAAGAACACCCAAGUCCCUUUGCAUUUCUGAUUUUUGGAUUUCUCCCCAUUUAGAAAAUAGUCUGUACAUUUAUUUCUAUCAUGACUACGCAUUUUCCAACAUUGUAUUUCAUUUUCCACUCUCUUGCCCAUUCUCCUAAUCUGUUCGAGUCCUUCUGCAGCCUACCUGUUUCUUCAAUAUUACCUGCCCCUCCACCUGCAAACUUGCCAUCAUCAAAAUCAUUGAUAUGCAGCACAAAAAGAAGUGAUAACAUUGACCUCUAUGAAACACUACUGCUCACUGGCAGCUAACCAGAAAAGGUUCUUAUCCUCCCAUUUGUUGAAUUCUACCAAUUAGCUACUGCUCUAACCAUUUCAGUAACUCUCCUGCAAGACCAUGGGCUCUUAACUCGGUUAGCAGCCUCAUGUGUGGCACCUUGUCAAAAGCCUUCUGAAAGUCCAAAUAUGCAACAUUCAUGGCAUCUCCUUUAUCUAUUCUAUGUGUAAUCUCCUUAAGGAAUUCCAACAGCUUUGUCAGGCAAGAUUUUCCUUGAAGGAAACCAUGCUGACUUUGUCCUAACUUGCCCUGUGUUUCCAAGUGACCCAUAACCCUUAACAAUUGACUCCAACAUCUUCCCAACCACUGAGGUCAGACUAACUGAUCUACAAUUUCCUUUCUGCUGCCUUCUUCCUUUCUUAAAGAAUGGAGUGGCAUUUGCAAUUUUCCAAUCCUCUGGCAUCAUGCCGGUGUCCAAUGAUUUUUGAAAGAUCAUUACUAAUGCCUCCACAAUCUCUUUCAGAACUCUAUAGUGCAGUUCAUCUGGUCCAGGUGACUUCUGUACCCUUAGGUCUUGGCCUUUCUCCAGCCUCAUUUUCUAGUGGUCCUAUAUCCACUCUCCUCUCUCUUUUAUUUUUUUUUACAUUCUUGAAAAAGCUUUUACUAUCCACUUUGAUAUUGUUUGCUAGCCUGCUGCUUUGACAUUUCAUCUUUUUGCUCCUAAUGAUUCUUCUAGUUACUUUCUGCAGGGAUUUCCCAAUCCUCUGUCUUCCCACUAGUCUUUGCUUUGUUGUAUGCCCUCUCUUGUUUUUACAUUAGCUUUGACUUCCCUUUCAUCCACGUUUGUACUAUUUUGCCAUUUGAGUAUUUCUUUGUUUUUGGAAUACAUCUAUACAGUACCUUCCUCAUUUUACCCCGAAAUUCAAGCCAUUGCUGCUCUGCUGGCUUCCCUGCCAGCAUCUCCUUCCAAGUUACUUUGACCAAACUCCCCUCUCAUAUCUCUGUAAUUUCCUAUACUCCACUGACAUACUGUUCUGCCAGGCUUUACUUUCUCCCUAUCAAAUUUCAAGUUGAACUCAAUCAUAUUGUGAUCACCAUCUCCUAAGGGUUCUUUUACCUUGAGCUCUCUAAUCACCUUUGGUUCAUUACUUAACACCCAAUACAGUAUAGCUGAUCCUUGAGUAGGCUCAGCAACAAACUGCUCUUAAAAAGUCAUCUCAUAGCAUUCAACAAACUCACUCUCUUGAGAUCCAUUACCAACCUAAUUUUUCUCAAUUGACCUGCAUUGUUGGGAUACCCCAUGGCUAUCAUAACAUUGCCCUUUUGGCACACCUUUUCUAUUUCCUGUUUUAAUCUGUGGUCCACAUCCCAGCUACUAUUGGGAGGCCUGUAUAUAAAUACCAUCGGGGUCUUUUUAUCUUUGCAAUUUCUUAACUCAGCCCACAAGGAUUCAACAUCUUCUGAUCCUAUCUCAGAUCUUUCUACUGCUUUGGUGCCAUUCUUUACCAGCAGAGCCACGUCAACCCCCUCUAUCUACCUUCCUUGCUAUCGCUCCAGUACAACAUGUAACCUUGGUCAUUAGUUCCCCACUAAAAGCAUCUUUCAGCCACGAUUCAGAGAUGCCUGACCAUCUGUAAUAAUGCAACAAGAUCACCCACCUUAUUUGUUGUACUUUGUGCAUUGAGAUUAACACUUUGAGUACUGUAUUUGCUACCCUUUUUGAUUCUGCAUCCCUAAUACACUGAUACUCAUCCCGCUGGCUGAAAUUAUGUCCUAUCAUCUGCCUGUCCUUCCUGACUCUGACUGCACGCUAUCUUUGCUUUUUUACCAUCUGUCCUAUUGUGAGUCUCUUCACUAUUCCCUUAUCAACAGUUAUUUGUAGUUUGGCUGAACAUUUUCUUACAACUAAGUACUGUCAUAAACAAAAGUGUAUUUCCUCCUUACUAAAGUUUGUCAUUUAAAUGUAACUUAUGUUUGCCUUCUACUUAUAAAAUUCUAGUACAUUGCUAACUUAUUUAUUCCAUUCUAUGAAGUUAAAAUUGUAUAUUAUGUAUUAUAAAGACCACUGUUAAUGUGGAGACUAAUUCUCUUUUGCUGUCAUCUUAAGAGUUACAACCCCUCAGAUGCAAUAUUUUUUUAAAAAAAGUUGACAAUAAUUAUGUAAGCUAAUGGAGUUCUACUCAUAUGUCUCUUUUGUAGUAGUAGUUAUGUGAUCACCCUUUUAGGCCUUUUUAAUUAUUGUUCCUGUAUUUUAACUUCCUGCUUGUCCUAUCAAGUCAA